AUUCGAGGUUGAUAGAACAUGAUGAUGUAAAUAAUCUAAAUUUCUUUUACCUCUCCUUUUAACCUCCAGGGCCUGGAUGAAACCAGGAAGCUGUCAAGAAAAAUCACUUUACUACAGAAACAGAUGAUUUGGUUUUAAUGUCACAUGCCACCAUGAGCUUUCGAGAACAAAUGCAGGAAGUGCAACAAAAGAAGUUUAUUGGGAGCCAGAGGGGCAAAAGCAAAGGGGCAGAACAAAGAAAGGCACACACUCAAUAAACAGAAAUAUAAUUGAUAUCAAUAAACCAGAGCACACAACCAGUGAGUGGAGAAAAAAACAUUAAAAUCGAACGUCCUGAAAGAUGUAUUAGAAACUUGUGGAAGUCACAUAAUCGGUGUCUUGACAGGUCUGUGGCCUAAACUAGCAUAACUUUUAAUCAAUCAAUAUCAGCUUCCAUCACAAUAAUAUCAUGCUUAUGACCAUGGUGAUGACCUGCACCUCACCUAGUGACCCAAACCUCUGCGUAGAAAGGCAUCUUGCUUGGUUCUGUGACCAGUUAAACCCAUCAUAUAGCUCAACCACAAGGUUAAAGGUCUCCACACUAAAGUAUGUACAUGCAAGCAGAAGGUGUCCAGGUGUUUAAACACCACCUGUGGCAGUUUGAGGGGUAAGAUAGAAUUUUUCCUGCAUUGGCAUAUCUUGGAAACUUCGCCUCACACCUCCAGCAUCCUGGGUUCAAGUCUCGCUCCCGCUCACUGUGUGUGUGGAGUUUGCAUGUUCUCCCAGUGCUUGGUGGGUUUCCUCUGGGUGCUCCGGUUUCCUCCCACAGUCCAAAGACAUGCUUCUAGGCUGAUUAGACCCGAGUAUAGAUCGGAUAAGGGAUAUCACAAGAUCCUGGCCUAGGGAUGAAUCUCCAGGGAUGGCCAGCAGGUCAGUUUGCUGGGAAUGAGUUUCAGCUAAUGAGCCACCAUACAUAAUGAUAUGUCCACCAGACAUGCUGAGUUUGGAGCAGAAGUUGUGGUAUCUGAAAGAGGGAAGCAGAAUAUAAGUUAAAUUUCAUCAGCAUAGCAAUUGUAAGAGAACUCAUGUUAGGAUAUAACUUUGCCAAGAGAGUCGAUAUAGAGGGAUAAAAGGAGAGGACCAAAUUCUGAUCCUUGUUGGACACCAGUGGAGAGUCUGCAUGGAGCAGAUGUCGAUCCCCUCCAUGUUACCUGAUAUGACCGACCAUCCUGGUAGGUAGGUCGCAGGAAGUUUGGAUGUUUCCAGUGUUCAUGUUUCAAGAUCUACUCAGGGUCAAUUUAAGCAACAAUACAAACAGAGCAAUAAAUACUGUGUUUAGAUUUUACUAUCAAUCUUAUCCUAGAAUCCUAUGCAUUCUUUCAGGGCAUCUUGUAGUGACAGGAUCAGACCAAGCUGUCUUUGCCUACAGAGGUGAGGAUGUCAUACUGAACUGUUCUGUAGAUUCACAUGUACCAGCCAGUGAGAUCGAAGAAGUGACCUGGAAAAGGACAGACAGAGACCCAGAGAUCCUCGUCCUGUUUUAUCAAAAUAGUGAGAUCUUCCCAGACUCCUCACAUGAGAGUUACCAGGGCAGAGUUGAUUUAUUUUCUUCCGAAAUCCCGAAAGGAAACUUCUCUUUAAAGCUGGUGGAUCUAAACAUGGAAUAUAAAGGAGAAUUCACAUGUGAGGUCCACACCAGGAACAUGUCAGGAUGUACCACUGUGCUUCUUCAAGGUGUAGGUUUUGCUGCCCUCCAUAUAGCAAUAUUAGUGUUGUGCUCUGUUGCACUGUUACUUGCAGUGGGAUUUUGUGGACCUGUUUGUAUCCUGCUGAGAAAGAAAGUUGCUAGCAAAGAGGGCAUGAAAUGGCACAUUUUUCUGAUUCUCUGUCCAAACAUCUGCAUGUUUUUGAGUUUCUGCUUGUGGUCAUCAGAAGGGUUUCUAUCUGAGGUCAUCAUUUGUUCAACUGUUAGUAUCAUGAGGCCUGUUAUCUUGAUGAAAACAUCAUCUUAUCUCGGCAUGUUACCAGAGCGGAUACAAAAAACAGUGAAGGCUUUGGCUGUUCCACUUUACCACUUAACUAUAUCAACAGCUGCAUGUUCAAGUAAGUUUACACUGAAGUAAGUGUAUAGUGCCUUUGUGCUCCUUUAAACUACAAUCUCCUUCCUUCCUCGUUUACUUUCUUUCUUUAGUAUUUAGUAUAUUGUAUAAUAAAACUCACCACAAGAGCUACAGUCGCGUCCUAUAAUAUAUGUUAAAAUCAUCAUAUUAUUAAAAACUUAUAAAAAUAUUCUUUGUUAUUUAUUUCCCUAAUGGCCGAAUGCAGCUGCUAGUCACAUCAGUGAUCCAAAUUAAUGUGCUCUUUCUUCAAUAUUUAAUAAAAAAAUAGUGAAUUUUGCUUUGGUACAAAAGAAUUAUUUCUUAGUUAUGGCUACAUUUGUGUACACAUACACAAACUGAAUAAGCAUACAACAUUCCCUUCAUUUCCUUCAUUUUUUUCAUUAACAAAGCUGCAUGAAAAUAAACAUUGUUCUUAUUUCCAAUAAGGGGGGCUCAGGGAAAAUCUGGACAUUCUGCAACAGUAUUGGCAAUCAUAGCAGUGGUGAUUGUCAUCAGUUCAGUUAUAUUAGGUAAGGCAGAAUAUAUUUAAGAAAGAAGAUUAUUUGCUCUUUGGUGAACUUUCGACCUUCGUAUUACACUGGUCAACAAAUUUUAUGGAAAACGUUGUUUCCUCUACAAUUUUUGGUGAAGCCAAUAGAUUUUUAUAUGCUGAACACAAAUGUGUAUUGGUAAUUUUUCUAUCACGUAGGGUUUUUAAAUAAACUGCAUUAACACAUUAACACUGUAAUUGUCUUCAGUAUUGCAUAGGCCUACGCUAUGAUAUUGCUAGAAAGCAACAUGAGAGACAACUAGAAAUGUUUUGCUGCAGAUUUUCGCUUAUAGUCACUGUCCGAAGCUUCACAUAUCAGUGUCCAACAAUAGUCUCCCAGCAUUGAUGGACUCCACUUUCCCUGGUAGCAUUUCUCCAUAGUGGCAAUGUCUUGGUGAAACCUCUCACCAUGUUCAUCACUGACGACUCCGAGAUUGGCUGGGAAGAAGUCCAAGUGCGAAUGAAGAAAAUGUAUCUUCAGUGACAUGUUGCAGUUCAUCGACUUGUAUGCCUGAAGCAGUUUCAACCAGUUCAAUGUAGUUUUGUGCCUUGUAGCUGCCCAAAAAGUUUGACACAACAUUCUUGAAGGCAGUCCAUGCAACACGUUCGGCACCCUGCAGAAGGUCAUCAAAGUGACUAUCCAUCAUCACCUCUCGGAUUUGUGGGCCAACGAAAACGCCUUCUUUUAUCUUUGCGUCACUGAUGCGCGGAAACAUUUGUUGCAAGUAUGCAAACGCUUCACUUUGUUUAUUCAUUGCCUUCACAAAAUUUUUCAUUAGUCCAAGUUUGAUGUGCAGUGGCGGAAGAAUUAUGUUCUUCGGAUCAACCAGUGGGUCAUGUGCAACAUUCUUCUGCCCUGGCAACAAUUUCCUGCGAGUAAUGUGAAGUUCUUGCUCCGCUGUCCCACUCGCAAAGAAAACAACAAUCCUUGGUGUA